CUUAGGCCUAGCCUACUGUAAGUUACUGAAUCACAUUGCACGCAGCGUUGGCGAAGGCUAUCGAAAAUCAAAAUGCUGGUCGUCAUCUGUCUUGUUAGAUAGGCUACUUACCACUGAAACAUGUAGGCUAAACUACCGGUACCUGCGAAAUGUGUGGAUUUUCUAAGGUGAACCCCCACCCCCACUUAACCUCAAGUCUUUCGUGAUUGGUCAAACCAGCAUUGAAUGAAAGCAAAUUAAACGUCAUCUCUCAUUGGAUUACAAUGGAGAUUUGAGAUUAGGCCUAGUUACUUUAAUUAAAUAUGUUAUAACAGAAUGGGUAGCCUAUUUCUCACAAAUAAUUUAUUAGGCCAAUAUGCAUAGGCCUAUGUUUUUAGGCAACUAAGUGCUAAUGGUUUGUGGAAGGCGAAUCAUCUCGCAUUUGUCUUAACACAUUUUCUUUUUUUUUCAUUCAAUGUUUUAUGUCCAAAUCCAAAUAUUUAAGUCUGCAGUUUAUCUGACAUCAGUGUUAUUGAUCAAUAGCCAACAUGAUCCACGUUUAAACUGUCCGAUAUAGAACGCACAACGUGACGUUGCACAAACGGACAGCAGGGAAGUUUGCGCUGCGUGCGCCUCCCACACCUGUACGUCUACAGGUGCGUCGGAAAGUGAAAUGCGGGUUGUCCAUGGAUGCAGCAUAAAUUCCCACAGUAUAGCAGGAACUAUUUGACCUUGCUGGAAGAGAUGGGUGAGAAGAUAACAGAGGACAGUGUGGGAGUUAAUUUCCCUGAUGAGCUGUACAGACUUGCAAGGAAGUCACAGCCUGAGAGGAUCAUCUGGUUCAUAGCCCAGGUGCUGGACGAGGUGUCACUCCUGCUGGACGAGAAUGUGACCGCCGUGGCCUGGGACCAGAAGAAGCUGAAGGACUUUAUGAGCACCCUGGACACACAACUGGUGGCAACUCAGUCAUGUGUUAGUAAGACUAAAGGGAAUAAGAGACUGCACCUGUAUUUCAAGAAACUGAGAAAUGAAACACUGGGGAAAAUGGAGGACAAGGCCAAGGCCUGGGAGCUGAUCAGGAAGGAGGUUCACCACCACCUGACGAAGGUCGACCUUCUGGCCAGCACACGCCUCUAAACACCAAACCCUGCCACAGCUACAGCCAAUGGGACUGAGGAUGCACCAGGACUACUAAUGUACUCUGAACUUUCUGCUUAACAUGAUUCUGAAGUGGUCAAGGUUUAUAUAGUGUUACAAUUAUUUAUUGAUCAGAAUGAUGAUGUAAAAGUUAUUAUUUGUUUAAACAUUACUGUUUAAUUUAUUUAUUUGUCUACCAGAUUGUAUUAUUUAUAUACUGUAGUAAAGCAGACAAUUGAUACAUAUAUUUUUGUAUUUUCUGAGCCCUUUAAGUUAACAUGAGGUGGUGAAGGUUACAUCUAUCAGGUGUUAACAUGAUUAAUUCAUCAGACUGAUGACUUUCUGUAUGUGUUAUUUAUUUUGUAAAACUGUUCAAUUUAUUUAUCUAUGUUGAUUUUAUUUAUGGCUUCAUUUGUUUAUGGUGUAUGGUAACAAAACAAGUGACUGAUAUAGAAACCCUUUUUGUAUUCUGAACGCUCUAGUUUACAAUGAUUGUGUAAUGAAUUUAUAGAGCUGUGCAUGUUACAUAUGAUGUGGAUAUGGUAACAUUUAUCAAGUGUUUAAAUUAUUUAUCCAUCCGACCGAUGAUGUUCUGUGAAACUGGUUUAUUCAUUUCAUUAUUAUGUUGAUCUAAUUUAUUUAUCAUGGUUUAUUUAAUGUAUUUAUUUAUUGUACACUCCAACACAAUUGAUGCAGAUUUGUUAUAUUUCAAUAAAAACAUAUGACAAAUUGUUAAAUGCAAACCUCUUCUUACAAUUA